AAAAAGCAUAUUCCCUUUUUCUUCUCCUGCCUUUUCUCCUACCCCGCUGGGCUGCUCUGUAUUUUUCUAUUCUUCUUUUUUUCUCAUCUCCAAAAUAGCAAUUUUCAUGUUUUGUUUAUCACAGUAGCUGCCAUAAACACAAAACAAGGAAGUUUAUUUCAGACAACCCUCCAAGGACUGGACUGGACUGGACUGGACUAGCAGAGACCUCCAAAACCCUAAUCUUGAAUCUCCGUCUUUGCUUUCAACUACAUUUCGCUGAUCUAUCAAGUUCAACUUACUGAGCUCUGUUUCUGCCAGCGCACUUCUACGCGUAAAAAUGUCUUAUUCCAGUGGCUUCGCUGUGACGCGCAAUCACGGAGCAGACCGAUUCUACAACCCGCCGGGGGUGCGACGGAUGCGCCAGCAGACGGUGUUACAGCAGCAGCCGCGGCUUCAGGGGCAGAGGCCGCAGCAGAAUGGAGCGAAUGGGGAAAUUGCAACUUCUGAGUCGGAGGACCGGACUGAAUCCGACGAUUCGAUCACCGCACUCUCCAAACCAUCACCUGUCCCCUCCUCUUCUCCCGCGCCGCCGAUGAACAUCACCAACUUGGAUCGUUUGAUGGAAUCCGUUACUCCCUUCGUGCAAGCUCAGCAACUAUCUGAGGCAAUUGUAAGAGGAAACAGAACUCUUGAAGCCGAGGCGAAUUCAUUCUUUUACCUUGAAGAUCUCUGGGAGUCUUUGAGAGAGUGGAGUGUGUAUGGAGUUGGCGUGCCCCUGUUGCUGAAUGAGAAGGACCGUAUUAUUCAGUAUUAUGUUCCAUUCUUGUCUGGCAUACAGCUGUACAUAGACCCAUUGAAGUCAUCGUCUCGGCCAAGGAUAUCUGGUGAAGAGAGUAAUGUUGAGUCACUAAAAAAACAUAGUUAUGAUGAUGCGAAAUGGAACCAGCACAACCAAUUACAUGCAAAUUCCCAACAACCAAACAGGACCUCAAAGAGAGACCUAUCUGUAUCGAGCUUGAAUGCUGAUGAAUCUGAAAUUAGCAAUCCUUCCGGAGUUCUCUUGUUUGAAUAUUUGGAGCAGGAACAGCCAUAUAAUCGCAGGCCAUUGACUGACAAGAUAAUGGACCUAGCAUCUCAAUAUCCAGAGUUGAAGAAGUGCAAGAGCUGUGAUUUGAUGCCCUCAAGUUGGAUAUCUGUUGCUUGGUAUCCAAUAUAUAGAAUACCUAUAGGCCACACAUUACGGGAUCUGGAUGCAUCUUUUUUAACAUUUCAUCCAUUAUCCACACAAUGCAGAGGUCAUUAAUCGAUCAGAGACCAGCAAAUGAAGAUGGGGUGCAAAGGUUGGAUUAUUCUUGAAUAACGAAAAGGUGGGACUAUUAUAAGAAGAUCGCUAAAAGGUUGGAUUAUUAGUUUCCAUUUUCCCUUUAGAUUACAUACAUUUUUUAUAUACAUUUACUGAUUACUUAUUUAGAAUAUAUAUAUGUAUAUAUGUGUGUGUGUGUACAUAUCUACUUAUUUAGAUUACCUAGUCUUUAUAUAAAGAAAUACAUAAAUAAAUGAGUUUGAAGAAAUAUAAAAAAUAAGUUUGUUGAUCUUGAACCUAUCUUUUGUAUAUUUACAAAUUUCAAGUCUAUUUUUUUUCCGGUUAGUUCCAAAAAGACCUCUUAAGUAGGUCUUUCUUUUUGUAAUCUUUCUGUCAUCUAUUCAGGUACAGCCCAGCCACGCUUUCAUGGUGCAAAUGCUAAGAGUUUAAAUGGUAUGAUUCGAGCUAAGGCAAUGAUUUCAUUACCAGUCUUUGGCCUUGCUUCAUACAAACUGAAGGGCUCACUUGUGAGUCCAUGCGGGACCCAUGAAUCUGAGCAAGAAAACUCUCUCUUGCUGGCUGCAGACAGUUGGCUUCGGGAUUUAAAGGUUUUUCUCCCCGAUCACCAUUUUUUUCUCUCUCAUCAUUCUCUAGGGAGAUGAAGUGGCCUGAAUGAUUGCCAACAAAUUUUGUUCUUUAUGGUAGACGUUCAAGUGCCAAAAUAUGGGCUCUGUUUUAUGAUUCAGUGACCCCCCUCCCCCACAAAAAAAGAACUCCCUUCAAUAACUUGGUCAAAAAGAAGAAAAAACUCAUAAAGAUGUCAGCUGGGUCGUCAAAACUUCAAAGCUUCACCUGCUUUAAACUUGUGGUGGUGGGCAAGUUUUAUGGGUGAGUGAGAGUUUGAUGUGUUCUUUUGGUUGUGUGAUCUGCUGAGUUACAAAGGUACAUAAGGUGUUAUCCUGUAUAAUCUGCAUGAUCUCUGGACUAUGUUGUUGUGAUUGUGUCACUGGAAGGCAGUGUCUGUACAUCGAUAGGAUUGCCAACUUGAGCUAGUGAUCUUAAGUAAGUGCACAGGAAGAAACAUGGUGAUCAUGUUGAUUUUUUAGAAUAGUCUGUACUCCUAUAUAGCAGUAUAGCACUUACAAAGCGACCAGUGUACUUGUUUAGUGUGCUGUAAGAAGUCAUUUUGGCAAAAAAGAUGGUUAGAUGACAUGAGUUUUUCAUCUGUUAGAUACUUGGGCAAUUAUACCUUUUUUGUAGCAUGAAAUGGCUAAGUUUUGUUGUAAUAAAAAAAUAUGCGGGAAUUUGUUGGAACUCCGAAG